UGCCCCGCCGCCCCAAGGUGUCAUGACUAGAUUGGGUCCAGACAAAUGGUUCGCCCCCGGAGAGGCCGAGGCACGGGGCCGAGAGGGUGAAGGGGGGCGGAGGGGGGGCGGGGAGUGUUUAGGUCGUCUAUCAUUUGUGUCUUUGUUGCCGUGGGCGUCGCGGGCGUGGGGGCGCGGCAUGGAAUUACAACCUUAUUAAGCAAGGCACACUUGUGAGGCGCCCGUCACGGCCUUUGUGCGGUGGUGAUGGCGUCUUUGUGGCGCUGAGUGUGUGUGUGUGCCAGCCUGGAGUGUGUUGCCCGCUGCGGGCCGGCACAUCUUGAUGGCCUCCCGGGCCGUGGGGGGUAUACCCACAUCUAGUUAUAUGUAUCUAUAUGUAGCUAUAUGUAGUUGGUCGGCAUUGUGUGUGUGUGUGUGUGUGUGUGUGUGUGUGUUGGUUGGUAACCCUUGUGUGUGUGUUGCAGGGCUGGCGGGAGGCGUGGGUCCCACGGCUGACACGUGCGCCGUGAUGAAGGACGGCGGCGACACCGACAAGGACCCCGGCAGCGCCGCCCUCGUCCACAAGACGGGCGGGACGGACCUGGGCCUGAGCUUGGGCCCCGCCCGCCACCUGGGGGGCUCCCACCACCACCACCAUCCUCUCGGGGGCGGGGCCCUCCCUGGCUUCCCCCCGAUGCACCACCCCCUCCAGCUGGCGGCGCUGUCCUCGCAGCAACAGGCCGCCGCCGCCGCCGCCGGCAUGCUGUACCCGUCCCUGCUGGGCCCCAACCUGAGCCCCGCUACGCUGAUGGCGUCCCUGGCCGCCGCCCGCUCCGGCCACCAGCUGCUGGGACAGCCGCCCCCCGGCCCCCCGCAGGUGAUGCCGCCCACCACGGCCACGCUGGCCAGCAUCCACGCCACGCUGGCCGCCGCCGACUCUGCCCGCCAGCGGGACCUGCUGGCCACACUGUCCAAGAUCGCCAGCGGCUCGGCCGGCGCCUACCUGCCGCACCUCGACUCGCCCGUCAAGCCGGACUGCUCGGCCCUGGAGCCGCCCCGCCGCGGCUCCUCGCGCUCCUCGGCCUCCUACUCCUCCACGGGGCUGGGCGCGUCGCCCUCCGUGGCGCCGCCCCUCACGCACCCCAACAUGGCGGGCGCCACCACGGGCGGCCUCGGCUCAGAGACGCCCUCGCCCACGGCGGGGUCUUCGCCGCCCGGCACCAACGGCCGCCUCGACCCCUACACCAACACCACGCCCACGCGCAAGGCUGCCGCCGCCCGCCCGGACCGCGUCUUCACCUGCAAGAUCUGCAACCGCAGCUUCGGGUACAAGCACGUGCUGCAGAACCACGAGCGGACGCACACGGGCGAGAAGCCGUUCGAGUGCAAGGAGUGCCACAAGCGGUUCACGCGGGACCACCACCUCAAGACGCACAUGCGCCUGCACACGGGGGAGAAGCCGUACCACUGCACGCACUGCGACCGGCAGUUCGUGCAGGUGGCAAACCUCAGGCGGCACUUGCGCGUGCACACGGGCGAGCGACCCUACUCCUGCGAGCUGUGCUCCUCGCGCUUCUCCGACUCCAACCAGCUCAAGGCCCACCUGCUCAUCCACAAGGGCGAGAAGCCGUUCCAGUGCGGCCGCUGCUCGGGCCGCUACCGCCGCCGCCACCACCUCAUGCACCACAAGUGUCCCAACGAGCCCGACGCCGACCUGCGCCGCCGCGAGGCCCAGUACGGCGAGACCACCUUCCCCGAGGGCGACACCUACUCGCUGGGCCCCGACGACGACGACGAGGACGACUUCGGCGAGGAGGACCUGCCGCCGCCGGCCACCCUGCUGGAGGAGGAGCCGCUGCCGCUGGAGAAACGGCGGGAACGGAAGAGUCGCGACCCGCGGCGAGUGAUCAGCCAGACGAUGGGUGGCGGGGGGCGCUUGCUGGACCCCGGCCACCUGCUGCGAGGCCUGCACGCGGCGCUGCCGGAGCAGACGGAGCCCGAGGACCUGAGCCUGGCGGGCCCGCGCGGCCGCAACAGGCACUACUCGGGCAUGUCGGCCGUGUCCAGCGCCUCGGGGCCCGCCAGCGAGCUGGACUACCCUCGCGACACCCUGACCGCUGCGAGCCACGACGACGCCGACGACGGACGGUUUGCCCGACACAGCGAUGACGAUGAGCCGGUGUCGUCCCAGGCGUGAGGCCCCGCAGCCCACGGCCCCUGCGUCCUCCACAACGACUUUGGUGCUGAGCAGUGACUCCCGCCCCGCCCCGCCCAACCCCGCCCCGCCCGCACGCCCGCACGACGCACCGCCGCGGUGCUGCGUGCCGCUCCGCCCCUGCCCGGCACCGCUUGUUGGAGUUAUAGAAUAUUUAUAUAUUAGGUGCCGGACAUGGGCCCGACCCUGCCCCCCUCCUCCCCCCCUCCCCUAGCUCCUCUCUACCCCGGCCACCCCGCACACCAUUCCUCACCGCCGCUGAUAAUCUCCCUCUUCGCUAAUGACGGCCGGGCAGCCCCGGGCCGCGGGGGAGCGCCGCCCCACACCACAGUGCCCGCGCCUCGCCCCGGGCUGCGGCCUCCCCCGCAGGCCAUUAAUCUUGCUUCCUCCUCCUCCGCCGCCGACGCUAAGAUUUGCACGGAUACUUUCCUUUCUUCCUCCCUCGCUCCCUCCCUCCCUCCCUGCCACCCUCCCUCCACCUACACAACAACGCUUAACGUCCUUUCUCCAACUGACUGUCCUGAUUACAUGCCAUUUCUCUCUCCCACCCUCUUCCUCUUCCUCCCGGACCUGUUAUGGUGACGGCCGAGGAGGGGGGAGGGGAGGGCAGGGGAGGGGAGGAAGGUUCAUUUUACAGCCUGGUCGGUCGUCGGUCGCUGGAGAAAAUUUGCACUACUAUUUGUUACCUCCUGUCUCGCCCCCCCCCCCUCCCUCCUGUCCUCCGGUAACCUUGGCAGAUUCCUUCCUUCCUCUCCCUUCCUUCCCUGCCCACCAGCUUCUAGGACACACACACACACACACACACACACACACACACACACACACACACACACACACACACACACACACACACACAGGUGAGGGAGGACAGGUGUAAACUCAGAAGGGAGAGACAAGUGAGCAGUCAGCGCCUCCUCCUCCUCCUCCUCCGUGCCGCCCACCGGGGUGUUGCGCCCCCAUCACGUGCAGUCCGUAGUGUCGGUGUGUGGGCGGCGCCCCCCUGCCGCCCAGCUGCCCGGCGUCCACACAUUCCAACCCAGCCAGCUUCCACCCUCUCUCCCCCUCCCCCUCCCUCUCCUCCUCCCUCAAAGGUGCGUAGUUCCUAUCCUGGGGUCGCCGCACACUGGCCCCGCGGGGGUGGCCUCCCGGGGCCAUUGCCGCGCCCCAGACCCCGGGUGCUGCCUACCGGAGCGGGGCGCCCCCCAGCACCCCGCCCCGCGGCACAGCCACCCGCCCCACAGCGUCGCUCAGGGAUGACGUCUUUCACUCCCCUUCACCCCCACACCCUCCCUCCCCCUCCCCUCCCCUCCCCUUCCUGGCCCACCCUGCCCGCCCCCCUCGCCCCGGCAGGAGGGUCGCCGCGGCCCCCCGUCUCAGGAGUGUGUGCAAUAUUAUAUAAGACUUUAUCCCGCCGCGAGGGUCCCUCCGGCCGGGCGGGCGGACCGGCGGCCUCGGGAGGCAGGGCCGGCGGGCGACACGCGAUGGCAAGUGCAAUAGUAGGGCGGCGGGUGUGCCGGGCCCGGCCACCACCCGGGCGGCGGGGCCAGACCACCAGGACGCGGGGCACCGCGGCGCCCGGCGGGGCCACACGCCGCGGCGCCGCCCCCAGCGAAGAGCCACCGCCAGCCAGCCAGCCAAACAGCAGCGACGAGCCAGCGAGCCGCAUCGCCGUAGCGUCCAGUCCGCCGUGCAGGCCGCGGCCCCAGCGGCCACGCUCGCGGGAGCAGAUUGUUGUAGUCUAUUUUUGGUUGUAUGAUUAACGGUGAUUGGCACGGCCCUUUCCUCUUAGGCUAAGCGGGAGACUGUGUGUUGUUAGCUUUAGGCGCCGCCCCGCCCCGCGGCGGGCCGGCGGAUCAUACAGGGUCUUAAGCUAGAGUACCCCGCGCCGCGCCCACGCCCACGCCCACGCCGCGCCAGCCUGCGGGCGUUCCCCUCCCCGACACACGCCCCGUGUGUGUCCUGCUCAUCCGUGGCGGCGCCCAGGACGGUGACGGCCGAGCGGCCAAGUGACUGAAGUGAGUGUGGUGCACGUGACGGCGUGUGCGUGGGCGUGGCGGCGCGCGGGGCCUUCGUCAGUAGUUCAUGUAACGCAGGCGUGGCGGCGCGUGGCGCGGGGCGGCCCUCGUGCCCCGCCGGCAACUUGGAGGUGGCGUGUCUUCGCCCAGCGGCGGCGCCGCCCCCAGCUCAAGUCGCACCGCGCCGCGCCGCGCCGCCGCGCCCUGAUGGCCAACAGUUCCUCCUCACCGAAGCUCUUAUCGAUGUUCCUGUGUUGUCUACGUUAAGCACCGCGGCGGGGCGGCGGGGCGCGGCGCGGGGCGGGGCCGGAAGAGAAUUUUACCUGUUGCAGCCCGCCUCGCCCUGCCCCGCGCCCCGCGCCCCGCCGCCCCCCGCAGGAGGCAGGACCCGGCCGCCAGCGUGGACACAGGCGCUUA